UAUUCGCUAUUUAUAAGAGGAAAUUUGUAGGUCAAAAAUAGUAUUUUGAUUAUCCUGCACCUAUCUAUCUCGAUAUUCACUCACUUUUUGGCUUUAAAAUACAUAAUUUAUUUUUAUUCUCAUUAUUUUCAAGACACGAUCUACAAAUACAAACUGUUUCAUAAACAUGGAAUAAAAAGUAUUAAUUACCUAUUCAUUGAUUAACUUAAAUAAUAUAAAUAACGUUGUUGUAAUAAAAUAAUAUGGGUAGAAGGCGACGUGAAUUUUUAAUUACCCUGAAAAGAGAAAAUGCAUCUAUUCCUUGGGGUUUUAGUGUUAUCGGUGGAGCUGACGUUAACGCGCCGAUUACAGUAACUCGAGUUGGAUUUGGAACGCCAGCAGCGAAUCAUUUGCAAAGGGGUGACAUAAUAACGAAAAUAAAUAAUUAUGAUUCUCGCGACAUCAGACAACAGGACGCACGGAAUUUGUUCAGAAAUUCGGAUAACGAAAUAAAAGUUGCCGUUCAGAGAGAACAUCAUCCUUAUUACGGAAGUGGCGAUUCUUCUUUACACAGUUCUAGAACGUACAGUCCUUUGCCAGCUUCUCCCCACUUAUCCCCAAAAAGCGGAAGCGAUUAUAUGAGAGGAGGAACAGCCCUAACCCCUACGCAAGGAGCGCCGUUUGAAGAAAUGAUUGAAUACGACAUGCAAUUUCUGCCUAACGGUAGAAACGCGCUGAAACAUAAUCGACACAACUUGGAUGUCCACGUAGACAGACAGCCUUAUCGUACUACGCCACUUGUUCUUCCUGGUGCAAAGAUAAAACGUGAACAGGCCCCGACCGAAUCCUAUUUGCGUCAUCAUCCUAAUCCAUCUGUAAGAGCCCCUCCAAUGCACCUAGAAACUGAAAAUAUUUUGAAAAAAAAGGUAGCAGAUUCGGUUUUGCAGAAAAUAAUUCCGGACGAAGAAAGAGGCAAGAUAGUUCACAAGCAGUUUAAUUCACCAAUAGGCCUCUACAGUGAAUCGGCAAUUGCGGACACGAUUCAAAAACAAACAGGCCUUCCGGCGAGGAGAAGAGCGGUUAAAUAUGAUCCCACGAAAAGUGAAAUUUACAAGGCAAUUCAAGAGGAACAACUUGGCGACAAAUACCAGGAAGUGACUGUACCUCCGCAUUCAAAAAUAUAUAUUCCGAAUAAGGUUGAUAUACCGAAGAAACAUAAUAUCGGUCAGAAACACAACGACUUAAAUCAACUAGGUGUACCUGAGGAAAGGAUUAUACAAAGUAACUCUUUUAGAAGGUUGAUGCUAAGCGUUUUGCCCGAAUCAGAUUUUUAACAGUUUCUCGUACUAUUUGAAUAUUUAACAGAAAUAUAUAGAUUUAUACGUGUACAUAAUAAUAUAUCAAUCAACCGAUGCAUAUGUAAUAAGUAUGUAAUUCUACGUAUAAGAUAUUAUUUUCUUCGAUACUAUUUUGUGAUACUGCACCUAUUUAACACAUUAUCGUAUAAUAUAUAUAUACAUGUCCGUUUUAAUUGGAGACUACACCAGACAAUCUAUAUAUACCUACACAUUUAGGUAUAUUUAUUAAGUUAUACAUUUUACCGAUUUUGAUCAGAAAUAAUGAAAAAGACAGCUUACAUUUAGUAACUUAAUAAAUUGUUUAUAGUUAACAAUAAUAAUGCUAUUCUGUUCUGUACUUCUGCAAAUUAUUCGUACAAUAAGAAAGCAAUAAAGGCGGAAUGUUUCCUGUAAA